AUGGUUGCCGCACCCGUCAGAAGGACCACUGCUAGCAAAAACCGCUCCCCGGCCAAGGAACGCAAAUCCGCCACGAGAACACAAAGUGCUGAGGCCUCUCUUGUCUCGUCGAGCGCUCCCAGCUCCCCCGGCAAGACUGAGACGCCUCGCACGGCUAGGUAUUCGCACCACCUCCCGACGAAUCAGCAGAGAAAGGGCAAUGGGCGUGUCCCAGGGAGGAACUUGAUUAUGUGGAAUCGCCCACGAAUGGCCGAGAAGCUCCUGCUACACAUUCAUUAUGAAUGUACUCGACACAGACUCCAGUUACCGUGGGACGCAAUCGCCCACCGCUUCCACCCUGGGUCAUCGGGAGCUGCCAUCAUUCAACACAUCAAUCGUUUGCGGCGGGAAAUCCUGGCUGAAGGCCAUCUGGUCCCGCCUCUCACACAGCGAUCUUCGGCUACACCUGUUGACCCCAACGUUCGCGGAUUCGUCCGCCAAGACACGGAAUGUGGUGACAUCGAAGCCACUCGUCCUGUGUAUUUUGGCGAGAGAAUUGAUGAUCCCAAGUUCAGUCUCCCUUGUGAUCUCUCCUUCCUUGAUGAAGAAGAGUCGAUGGAGCCACAGGCCGGGCUCGGCACCUCGUCAGCUGGGUCCGACGAGGGAGACUCUCGCCAGGACUCCCCGACUCCCAUGACACGAUGUGGUUCAAAAUCAUCCAUCGGUUCAAUGAGCGCUUAUGAAACCUUUGCACCGCAGUUCGUGGCCCCGGUUGAGCUCGUGAGAGACAGACGAGGCCUUGACCUGUCCCAUUUCCCAAUCGUCGGCCAGCAGGUAGUGGAAACGGAGCCCAACCAUGGCCGACACCUUCCGCAUGGAUCCGAGUCCGUUGCCAACUCGUUCGAAGGAAUAGCCUCGCCCGGCGAGCCGCUCGAGACCAGCCUUCCAGUAAUAGCACCAGGACAUUUUGCGCUUCCCGGCAUCCCCGAACACGCGCAUCAUGGCUGCAGAAUGUCCACCUUGCAGAGCCUGGCUCACCCAUUCGUGUACCAGAUGAGCCAUCACCAGGAUUGCUUACGUGCGGCUUUCCACAUGGGCAUGCCUUUUGCCAUGACAAGUCCAUACGACCCCUACAUGGCACUAGACCCGGGCCUUAUGAAACAAAGCAUUGGGCAGCCCUUACCGGCUGCUGCUACUGCCGAAAAUCAGGCAACGAUGCGAGGCGACAUCGAGGCUGCCGACGUCUCUACACCCCUUCCCGCUAUUUCAGGCCCUGCUCUGAGCCAGACAAUUCAAUAA